ACCAAUCACAGCUUUAGUAACAAACGUCUGUCGGCUCCUUAAGGAAAAUGGCGGAAAACUAAAAAUUUUGAGCACACAGUUUUAUCAUAACUUGUUACAGAAGUGUUCAGAGGUGUCAAUAUAGUCUGUUAGAAUGUCAUCUGUAAAAGGUGUUGCAGAGGUGAGCUCUGCAAGAAGUAGAUUAGAUGCAACAUUACAGUCAAUGGUUGAUAAGAAAGAUGAGGGGCAUGUCUCGAGUGAAGAUGAAAUAUCCCAGUCAGAACUAGCCACAAGUGUUUCAUCACCAGUUGUGUCACCAAGUAAACGAUCAGCAAACAGAUCAGCUAGAAAGCGUAAAAGAAAAGAAGAUUUUGAUUUCAGUGAUGGACAGGUUCACCAUCAGUACAUAAUGAAGUUAUUUGACAGAAGUGUAGAUCUUGCCCAGUUUGAUGAAGAUUCACCAUUGUACCCCAUCUGUCGAUCAUGGUUAAAGAAUCGUCCUUACGACAGAGAUGCCAACGACAAAGACAAGUUAUCAUCUCCAGAACAUGAGGCCCAUAGUGAUGAAGAGAUAGACGGCAUUCCAAAUGUGUACUUGAUGCCAAAGCCAAUAAAAGCUGAGCCAGAUGAUACAAGAGACUACAGAAUACCAGAACCAUUACCAAACACAGAUGCACCAUUAGAUAUAAAUGCAGAUCCAGAUACUGCACCACCCCCUGAACAGCUACUAUUAGGACACAUGUCCAGAUGGAAAGAUGUCAGAAUAAGAUGGAGAGAAGCAGGAUUUCAAAAUGAGUCUAGAUUUGCAGACAGCAUGAACUUAAUCAGAGAAAUAUUUGAAAAUCAGAUGAAAGAAGGAUGAAGAAACUGAGUGGAAGAAAUUGUUCUACAUAACUUGAACAAUGAAUUCUUGGCUAUUAAUUUGUCAUAUGAAGGAAAUAGAGCCAUUUGAUAUGUAUUGUAAUCUGAGGAAAAAAUACCAAGAAACUGUUGUGAUGAAAAUGAGCAAUAAUAGAAGUGUAACUAUGUUAUACAUUUUUAUGCACAAAGGAGAAAGAUAUUGUGCCUAAUGAAAAAAAAGUUAUCACUUGUUAUGUUCAUUGAAAGAAAUUUAACAAGUACAAUGUUUGUAAAGUCUUUUAUGUUCUAUUUAUUCGCAAAGUGAAAUAUUGUUAACUGUUUGCCACUGGACAUUACUAGGAGAACAACAAACAACAAACAACUUUUGUCCUUUACUUCUAUUAUAGCAAUCUGCAAUUAGAAUCUGUUAAAUGAGGAUGAUGUGCUACAUGUAACUUAGAAUAUUAUUAAUAAAUCAUGUUUGAAAAAG